UACCAUUGCCGCAGUAUUUUUCACAGUCCAACUCUGGGUGCUCUCCAAGACAUACGGAAGCGCAAGCAUACAAAUAAAUAAUCAGUAAAAAAUUGAAAAUGCAGUUGAAGUUCACGCUCCUCGCUUUUUUGUUGGCGACAUUUGAAAUCGUUUCCGCCACUAAUUAUUGCAACAGCUCCUUGUGCCCCUGGGGCACGCAUAUCGCCUGCGGAAAUAAUGGGGAGUUCGCAUCCUCCUGCCAAGAUCCCGCCUUGAUUACUCUAACACAGGCAAAUCGGAAUGCGAUUGUCAAUGCGCACAAUGUCAAGCGUAAUUUAGUCGCUGGCGGCGAGACCAAAUUGGAGCCGGCUUGCCGUAUGGCCACUAUGCAAUGGGACGACGAAUUGGCCGCUUUGGCGGAACUGAAUGUCAAACAAUGCCAACUGCAAAUCGAUGACUGCCACAAUACCGAUGCUUUCCUAUUUUCGGGUCAGAAUUUAGCUUUGAUGUUUCCUCCCGUAUCAAAGACUAUUGAGCAAAUCAUACAAAGUUUCGUCGAUUUGUGGUAUUCUGUAAUUAAGGACACCACAAUGGCUGAUAUAAAUGAAUAUCCAAAUGAUAAUCAGGGCCGUGCUAUUGGAAUCUUUACCGUUAUGGUGGCGGAUCGAAAUAUUCGGGUGGGAUGCGCUGCAGCCACAUACACAGUAGCGAAUCAGCCAAAUCCAGCGGUUCUUGUUGCUUGUAAGUAUGCCACAACGAAUAUGGUCGGUUUCCCAACUUACAAAUCAUGCCCGACUCCUGGUUCGGAUUGUAAGACUGGCAAAAGUACGACCUUCGAAAACCUUUGUUCUAGAUCUGAAGUUUAUGAUGUAAAUACAUGGUGGUAAUAAAGAAAAAAUUGAUUGAA